GGCAUCUGGAAAGGAUCAAUCUCAUGAGCAAGGAAACCAACUCCAGGCGGCGGCCACGCCCAAACAAGCCCCGUGGAGGAGGUGCUACUGCGAAGUCCACUCAGUUUGAGCCGCAGAAGAUUGCCGCCAAGACGACUGCUAAGACCGCAAAUAAGACCUCAAUUAGGGCGCCAAAUCAUAACUCUAGCAAAAUCUCUAACAAGGAUUUAGCAAAUAUUUCAGACAAGAUCUCAGCAAAGGAUAUUGAAUUAAACGAGGGAACUCCGUUGGAGCCUCAAGAUAAGGUUCAAAAUCAAGUCAAAGCUCAAAUCGAAGGUCAAAUUCAAUGCCAGGAGAUCAAGGUGGAGAGCAAGAUUAUUAUUGAGAACACAAACGGCAUUGAACCGCACCGUCAUUACGGCGUCUUUUUAUCACGCGACCGCUUCGAUGCCAUCCAAUUGCUCACCCGGAAUACGAGCUCCAGUACGGAUGAUUACGGGGAGCACAGGAUAGUUUCGGAUUUUCGGGGAAAACGCUGCGAGUUUCGGGCCUGGUCACCCUUUCAAUCCAAAUUGGCCGCCGGAAUUAUGGGAGGUGCUUCCGAAUUGCACCUGCGAAGUGGGUCAAAAGUGCUUUACUUAGGUGCUGGCUUCGGACGAUCGGUGUCGCACAUCUCGGAUAUUGUGGGUGAGUCCGGAGUGGUCUAUGCUGUGGAACAGGGUCCUUGGGCGAGUCGUCAACUGGCGGCUCUAGCCAGUCGCCGUCCAAACAUUGAACCCGUAAUUGAGGAUGCCACCAUGCCGUAUAAGUACCGCCAUCAGGUGCCCGCCUGCAUUGACAUUAUCUUCUCCGAUCUGCCGCAGUCCGAACAGGUUAGAUCGCUGAUGCUUAAUGCCAGGCAUUUCCUCAAACCAGAUGGUCACUUUGUGGCCUACUUCCAGGCAUCUAAUUUAAGUGGUGGAGUGUCCAACAAGGAGGCAUUUGCCACCGAGUGUCAGCUUCUCAAGGAACAGCAGUUGGAACCAAUCGAACAGGUUCUUCUAGAGCCUUUUAAGCCGGGCUACGCCCUUGUUGUGGGCGUGUCCACGCGAAAGAAUGUGUCUUAAAUUAAAGAUAGUUAAAUAAAUUUAAUUGCUUGCUA